AUGGUCAGCAUAAGGCAAGCCAAUGUCAAUGACCUCCUCCAGAUGCAGACCACAAACCUGUGGUGUUUGCCAGAGAAUUAUCAGAUGAAGUACUACUUCUACCAUCUAUUAAGUUGGCCUCAGCUGCUGUGGGUAGCAGAAGAUUUUGAUGGAAAAAUUGUGGGCUAUGUGUUGGCAAAGAUGGAGGAAGACUCCAGUCAACCCCGUCAUGGACACAUUACAUCCUUGUCGGUACUGAGAACACAUCGAAAGAGGGGAAUUGCCACGGCACUCAUGCGGAGAUCCCAAAAGGAAAUGCAAGAUGUCUUUAGCGCUCAGUACGUGAGCUUGCAUGUGAGAAAGUCAAACCGAGCAGCCUUUCAUCUUUACAGUGUUACUCUGAGUUAUCAAGUCCAUGAUGUGGAGAAGGGGUACUAUGCAGAUGGAGAGGAUGCCUAUGACAUGCGGUGCUACUUUGCCAAAGAGGAAGAACACGCGGAGGGACCGGUAGAAGAAAUGAAACAAAUGCAAGUGUCGGCGUAA